CCAAGAUCUUCCGGAAAAAGAAAAAGAAAAUGGUUUUCACAGACAAUGACAGUGCAAAUGCAAGUGAAAUAUAUAAAGCUCAAAUGCACGUGCACAAAUAUCUCCUCAGUUUCCAAAGCUGCAUGGCGGUGAAGUUUGCGACGGAGCUAGGCAUAGCCGAUGCAAUCCACCGUCACGGAAAACCUAUCACUCUCUCCGGCUUGGCGUCAGCUCUGAAUCUGCCGCCUUCAAAAGUCGGUGUUCUCCACCGCUUCAUGCGCCUUCUAACACACAACGGCUUCUUCAUGAAAACACCUUCACAGAACUCUGAAGAAGAAGAAGAAACAUAUUCUUUGACUCUUGCAUCAAAGUUCCUCGUCAGAAGCAACUCCUUCUGCUUGGCACCCAAUGCGGAAGUAGCGUUUCAUCCAAGUAUGUUUAACAUGUGGAACUCCUCCAAGAAACUGUUUACAGAAGAUACUCAAGUUCCGUUGUUCGAGAGCGUAACCGGAGAGAGUUACUUUGACUUCAUCAAAAAUGAUUUUCAGUUUCUGAAUGUAUUUCAGAAGGCUGUGGCAGCUGAUUCUGAAAUGGUCAAACUGGGUCUCCAACAAUGCAAGCACGUGUUUGAGGGGUUGGCUUCUCUUGUCGAUGUGGGAGGUGGCACUGGUGCAGUCUCCAGGCUCAUACUCGAAUCCUUUCCUCACUUGAAAUGCACCGUCCUUGACCUACCACAAGUUGUGGCCAAUUUGAAAACAACCCAAAAUCUGAGUUUUGUUGGUGGUGACAUGUUUGAAUCGAUUCCUUCUGCUGAUGCAGUUUUACUCAAGUGGGUUCUGCAUAAUUGGGAUGAUGAACUUUCUAUAAAGAUACUGAAGAACUGCAAAGAAGCGAUUUCUGGGAAAGGGAAGGAGGGAAAGGUAAUAAUCAUAGACGUGGUGAUUGAUGAAGCAGGUGAUGAUCGAGAUUUGACUGAGCUGAAGCUGAACUUUGACUUAGCGAUGUUGACUCUCUUGAAUGGAAAAGAAAGAGAGAAGAAAGAAUGGGAGAAACUUAUAUACCAGGCUGGCUUCACCGGCUGCAAGUUUACUCCAGUAUUUGGCUUCAAAUCUCUCAUCGAAGUUUAUCUAUGAUUUGUUAUAAGUUGUUUUAGUUAAUUUGUGUUACCAUUUGAAUAAUAAUUUUCUGCUUCAAGCAUAUUAAUAAGAAUGAAUUUCUU